AUGGAGAACGGCACAGAGGGCAAGAAUUUCUACAUCCCCAUGAACAACAGGACGGGGCUUGUGAGGAGUCCUUUUGAAUAUCCACAGUACUACCUUGGAGACCCAAUCCAAUUCAAGCUUCUGGCUGCCUACAUGUUCUUCCUGAUCUGCACUGGCUUCCCCAUCAACUUCCUCACUCUGGUGGUCACAGCUCAGAACAAGAAGCUCCGGCAACCUCUCAACUUCAUCCUAGUCAACUUGGCCGUUGCUGGACUGGUCAUGGUUUGCUUUGGAUUCACCAUAACCUUUGUUACUGCUAUUAAUGGCUACUUUGUUUUCGGACCGACGGGUUGUGCCGUUGAGGGAUUCAUGGCUACCCUGGGAGGUCAAGUCGCUCUCUGGUCACUGGUCGUCCUGGCUGUUGAGAGAUACAUUGUCGUCUGCAAACCCAUGGGAAGCUUCAAAUUCACUGGAACUCACGCAGGAGCCGGAGUCGUUUUCACCUGGAUUAUGGCCAUGGCUUGUGCCGCUCCUCCAUUGGCUGGCUGGUCCAGGUACAUCCCCGAGGGUCUGCAGUGCUCAUGUGGACCUGACUACUACACUCUGGCUGCAGGCUUCAACAAUGAGUCAUACGUCAUGUACAUGUUCUGCUGCCACUUCUGCUUCCCAGUUUGCACCAUUUUCUUCACUUAUGGCAGCCUUGUGCUCACAGUCAAAGCUGCCGCAGCUCAGCAGCAGGACUCAGAAUCCACUCAGAAAGCUGAGAGGGAAGUGACACGUAUGUGCAUCCUGAUGGUGUUGGGCUUCCUGGUGGCUUGGACUCCAUAUGCUAGCUUUGCUGCAUGGAUCUUUUUCAACAAGGGAGCUGCUUUCACAGCCACAGCCAUGGCUAUCCCUGCCUUUUUCUCCAAGAGCUCGGCAUUGUUCAACCCCAUUAUCUAUGUGCUGAUGAACAAACAGUUCCGUAACUGCAUGCUUUCUACAGUUGGAAUGGGAGGCAUGGUUGAGGAUGAGACCUCAGUAUCAACCAGCAAGACAGAAGUCUCUUCUGUCUCUUAA